AUGCAGGAAGCGCCAGCUCCACUGCCGGCGGCGGAGCCGGGCCCCAGCCCCGUGCCUGCCUUCCUCGGGAAGCUGUGGGCUCUGGUGGGCGACCCUGGCACCGACCACCUGAUUCGCUGGAGCCCGAGCGGAACCAGUUUCCUCGUUAGUGACCAGAACCGCUUCGCCAAGGAGGUGCUGCCCCAGUACUUCAAACAUAGCAACAUGGCGAGUUUUGUACGGCAGCUCAACAUGUACGGUUUUCGGAAGGUGGUGAGCAUCGAGCAGGGUGGCCUGCUCAGGCCCGAGCGUGACCACGUCGAGUUCCAACACCCAAGCUUCGUGCGCGGCCACGAGCAGCUGCUGGAGCGCGUGCGGCGCAAGGUACCCGCGCUGCGCGGUGAUGACGGCCGCUGGCGCCCGGAGGACCUGGGAAGGCUACUGGGCGAAGUGCAGGCUCUGCGGGGCGCGCAGGAGGGCACAGAGGCGCGGCUGCGCGAGCUCAGGCAGCAGAAUGAAAUUCUGUGGCGGGAGGUGGUGACACUGCGGCAGAGCCACGGACAGCAGCACCGAAUCAUUGGCAAGCUGAUCCAGUGCCUCUUUGGGCCCCUGCAGGCAGGGUCUGGCAGCGCGGGAGCCAAGAGGAAGCUGUCCCUGAUGCUGGAUGAAGGGAGCACCUGUCCACCACCUGCCAAAUUCAGCUGCCCCCUACCUAGUGCCCUCCUACAGGACCCCUACUUUAUCCAGUCUCCACUCUCAGAGACCACCUCCAGCCUCAGCAGCCCCCACAGGACCAGGGGACCUAUCAUCUCUGACAUUGUAGAAGAUUCCCCAUCCUCAGAAGGGGCCGGGCUUUCUCCUCCCAGUGGUGGUGGGAGGGAGAAGGGUCUGGCACUGCUCAAAGAAGAGCCGGCCAGCCCAGGGGGGAAAGGCGAGGCUGGGCUGGCCCUGGCCCCAAACGAGUGUGACUUCUGCGUGACAGCCCCCCCACUGCUGCCUGUGGCUGUGGUCCAAGCCAUCCUGGAAGGGAAAGGGAGCUUCAGCCCUGAGGGGCCCAGGAAUACCCAGCAGCCUGAACCAAGGGGCCCCAGGGAGGUCCCCGACAGGUGAGCAGAGUUGACUCUGGAGAGGGGGGCCCGGAGCCCAGAGGGCCUGAUGCCUCCGAUGUUGCUUCGGGGUACCCCAGAAAGUCUGGAGUCUGCAGGCCCCCUGGAUGUACUGGGCCCCAGCCUCUCAGGGCGAGAGUGGACCCUGAUGGACCUGGACAUGGAGCUGUCGCUGAUGCAGCCCUUGGUUCCAGAGAGAGGUGCAGCUGAGCUUUCAGUCAAGGGGUUAAAUGCACAGGGCCCAGGCAAGGACUCCACGCUCGGGAGGCCGCUCCUGCUGGACGUCCCAGCGGCCUUGGGAGGCCCAGCCCUCGGCCUACCCGGGGCUCUGACCAUUUACGGCACUCCGGAGAGCCGGACCCCCUACCUGGGCCCCGGAGCCGGCCCCUCUCCCUGA